AUGUCGGCUGAUCCACCCCGCAAACGUCGAUCAUCUCUCUCCGGUCACUUUCAACGUGUUUUCCAUGUCGACUCCGCAGAGAAGAAACGACGCAAUUUAUUACAGGAAACCUCGAAGACCGAGUCUCAUCUAUCGUGGGCGCCAGGCGAUGACCAGGGUCCUAAGUCGGAAACAACUGCUCCCCAGUCGGUGCCUGAUGAGACGGGCAUCAGCUCGUUAACCUUUUCCUCCAACUCGCGCAUUACCACUCUCAGUACGCCGGGGUCUACACCCUCUGUUCAACAUUUCUUUCCCAAAGAUGAGGACUCCACACCACAGCCAAUGCCGGAGAUCAAUAACCCGAACGCGGAUCGCGACAAUAUUUGUUCUUCUCCGACCUGGGGAAAGGAGAAUGCGAGGAAGGAACGACGUGCCACGAAGCGUUUAGAGGCAGAGCGAAAGGAACUGGAGAAGCGCUUGCUUCAGUUGGAGGAAUCCCAAGCUAGGCUGGACAAUGGUAUCUAUGAUCGAAACUCUCGGCGUCUGACCAAGAAAAAUCCCCCGCCAAGCUCGGAACGCUCCUCGAGUGCUGGGAGCGCGCGAGGAAGACUGAGAUCCUCAAGCAUCACGGCAUUUUUCACUGGCUCUCGUCGAGCCUCGCGAUCUCGAGCCAGCUCCGCGAAUGCAGAUGAUCGACACAGCGCAAGUGGUACCUCAGGCGAAGGAGGAAGAGGAGGUCCACCGGGUCCACCAGCUAUAGGUUUGGCCUUGCCCGAGCGCUUUGGAGCUGAUGUCUCUCGGGAACUGGCCAAUCGACAUGGAACUACUCUAGUUCCAGUGAGUCAACUUUCAUUGACUAAGAAUUUCACCAGUCAGCAACAGUCCUCACGCGAUUCUUUGCAACUGCAGCGCUCGCUCCAUUCAACUAUGAAGUCGGAUGAUCUUCGAGAGAACUGGAGAAUGGCAGAGGCAUGGCAAAAGGGAAAUGGAGGCCGCAACUCUAGUUCUGAAUCCCUUGCUCGGAAAUUAGAUGUAUUGGCGGGAGGUCAGUCUCGGCACCAAAGUAACAGCACAAUUAAAUUGGCAGCCGUUGACCGAGAUCUAGUCCCUACCAAUACAAAGGAGGAGAUAAAGAAGCCAUCAAAGACGAGCAAACCCUCCACUGGCUCUCCGAAGAUAGAAAAGCCAUCUCAUCAGCCAAGAGGUCUCUUACCGAAGAAGAGCCCUCGGUCCGAUAACACUCAAGCCCUGAAUGAUCCCUCAACUCCUCGAAUCACAACAGCGUGCCAGCUACGUGACCUCUCCAACGCGGUGCCUGAGUCUGGUCAAACCCCACGCAGUGCGAGUACGAACGACAUCCAAUCCCUCACAUCUUUGCUUGACAGUAUUUCGAGCAAUGUGCCCAGAAAGUCUCGCGUGGAGGCUUCUUCGCCAACAUAUCCAAGAGCAUAUAAAUCGUCGCCUCUGGCAAUGAACCCCAAUAACCCAGAAAAUUAUGAUAACUCUCCGAAAGAGAACUCUCAAAUGCAAUCACAUCCAGUACAAGUACCCCAGCCACUGCGAAUCGGCAAACAUUCCAAACCAGAAGAAUCUCGCGAACGAAAUCGUCAAUCGGCUCCUGCUCGUUCAUGGGGUAUCUCUCAAAAUCGAUCAAGUCCUACUAGCAAUAGCCCUGAUACGCGGAACCAAAUAAAUAGCGAGAACAGGCGCUCUCGUAUAAUCCCCCCGGCUAAACAUCCAGGUCGCCGAAGCCUCGACGAUCAUCAUGAUAUUCCAAAAACAGGAAACAACAAUAAUGCGCAUAGCACCAUACCUGCUACCUUGUUAAUUUCUCCACCACAUGGCUCUGAAGAGUCUAAGGAUAAAUAUACCCUCACGCCCAAAGAAGUAUUUGAAGACAAACAGACGACCGAACCUUGGAAUGAAGCAGAUCAUCCCAGACCACCUUCACGCAACUCAUCACACGCAGCAUCAAGCUAUGACACCGCAGACGAAGAAGUACUCGAUGUUCCUUCAAAGUCUCCGAACCACCCCCAAGCCAAUCCAACAAAACAACCCAUCAAGAAACCGUCCGCUCCCCCGACCGAGAUGUCUACAACGAAACCCCAAUCUCUACCACCACCCAAUCUCCGAAACAAUCCACCACUUGCCCCAGGCGGCGGUCCCCUAAGCAUGCUCCGCAGAAAACCCAUGCAAAAAGUCAAACCACCCCGAUCGGACGACGUAGUCGCGAAACUCUUCGUCAUCUGCUGCCAGUGCAAAUACUGGCACGACAUGCCAUCAGAGGUAUAUGCCAAACUUGCCUGUCCUGAGCGUCUACCCUCGGAAUCACGUCUUGUGAGAACUUUUUCGCGAAAGAACUCGGGUAGGAACUCGAUUUUCUCGGCGGAUCCUAAUGAUACUCGACGGAUACCGGUGCCUCGGCGAAUGUAUCCUGAAUCUGGACCGAGAGGUGCUACGGAUGGUCAGGGUAAUGGUCAGUCGGCGCCGCCUACGCAGCCGACGCCUCUUUAUCGGCCUCAAUGCUGUUGGUGUGCGCAUAAUAUGAGCAAGACUUGUUGUCAGGGGUGGUCUGCUCUUGUGCAUAUGCGGGAGCGGAAUCAUUAG